UUUUGCCAUUAAACUCAGUGAAAUUCAACGGAUCGUAAUUUUUUCGAUGCUAUUUACAGUCUUAAGAUAAUAAAUACUGCUGUAUAGAUUAAUUUUAUUUCUUCGUUAAUUUAACCCAAUACUCCUUGGCUUAUGAGGAUGCUUUACAUUUCAUGAUUAUAAAAUAUGAAAUAAAUUCCGCUGGUUUUACAGGUAAUGCUUCCAGUCGGAUUUCUAAGGUCUGGAAAGUGCCAUGGAAGACUGUAGUGUGCUUUAUAUUAGUAAUAUAUAAACAUGUGAAAACCAAUGUGCUAUAUAUUUUGGCGUUGAAAACACAACAGAACGGAAUUGUACUUUCAUAUUGUUUUAGUUUGGAAUUAUGUGAAAAUAUUCUGUUCUUAGAAAAUUAGUUAUACAAUUAAAUGAAAAGCAAAAAUGUCACAGAAGCGUUUUAUGGGAGCGAAAAUUGUUUUAUUGGGCAGUUCUGGAGUAGGAAAAACUGCCUUUGCUGUCAGAUACAUUACAAAGAGAUAUAUUGGCGAUUAUGAUCGAGACAAAGAGAUGUUGUAUACUCACAAACUACCGACUGCUAGGGACGAAGUCACGCUCGAAAUCCUUGACACUGCUUCACAACCGUCAAAAGAAAACCUUGAAAAACAUAUAAAAUGGGGAGAUGGUUUCAUCCUCUUAUAUUCUUUGACAGAAAAAUCGACUUUGACAUAUUUAGACAUUGUUAAAGAAGCAAUCGAAAAAAUUAAGGGUCGCGAAUGCCCGCUGGUGCUUGUUGCCAACAAAUGUGACCUCAUGUCUGCGCGAGAAAUAACGGAAGAUGAGAUAAAUGAAACUGGAGAACGCUUCGACUGUCAAAAAUUUGAAAUAUCGGUAGCAGACGGAAGCCAAGGUGUAUUUGAGGUGAUGGACGAAAUAUUAUGCCAGCUAAAGAGGGAAUAUAUAAAGAAUUUGAAUUCUGGAAAUGUUUCACCAACAGACAGUAAAGCCAAAUCAAAACUUAUCAGCAUGAAACGAGCGUUCAAAAAACGUAUAAAUAGAAGUCACAGUGAUACAUUUUGAACAGACUUACAUUGAUAAUACUUAAUAAUUAUUCCAAUCAUUAUUUAUUUGUAUUGUUUAUAGUCAUUGAGCACAUCUGGCAUUUAUUUCCAAAUCUUUCAAUUUUUAAAAGUUGAACAAUAUAAACUUCUUUGAGAUGUUCAUUUAAAAUGAACACAUUUAACUGAAGUUUGAAUCAUACAGCGGCUAUUGGUAAAUAAUUUUUGUUUUAUCUACAGGAAUGAUGAUAGGGUUUGCAUAACAUCCUGUUUGCAUAUGACAUUAAUUUAUAUUAACCGGUUAUUACUUACAUUUCUUAAUCAAAUUGCUUCAAAUAUGGUAAAGUUGUUAUGUAGUAUUGUUAACUGUUUUUUUUAAAGGAAUAGGAAUGGAUGGAUUGAUGUCUGUCUAAUAUAAAUAUUCAUCAUUUAAAAAGAGGUAUCAUGACAGUUUUUCUGUUGACAUCAACCCUAUAAGUGAGAAAUUCGUGUUUUAAGACACUAUUUUUUACUUGUGAAAUAAGUUCAUGGACACCGCUAUUUUGGCGUUCUGUCAUUCUCGCGAGACAGACGAGACCGAGAUUGUGACGUUUUACACCCACUUCCGGUAUAGGUGUACACGCUGGUAAAACUGAAAUAUAUCUUGAUGAAGAAAUUAUUAAUCUUAUUGCGUACAUUGUAUAAUAUUUAUGAAAACAUCAUAUGGAAUUGAAUUGCUUUAAUUAAUUAAUUAAUUGAAGACGCCGCGACAUUAAUUAUCAUUUGUCCGAUUUUCAAGCUUGCUGAUGAUCCCACCACAUGAUUUAAGCAAAUGACUGCUUAAUUUCCAAAGAUAAACUAUCAAUUUAAUUUGGGUACUAUGAGAAACUUCUUCAAAUUGACGAUAUAUCCUUUUAUUUUGUACUUAUUUUUCGCUAGACAAGCUGGCCGAAUAGGGUACAUAGCUGGUCAUGUAUCUUUUAUAUUCAGCGUAAAAUAUCAACUAAAUCCAAUAUGCAGAGAUCUGCUGAGGACGCGAUUGUCCGCCAUUGACGCUAAAAAUGAGAAUGGCGCAGGAAAAUCGGCAGCCAGAAUAAUAUCGUAUGAAAACAAAACUGUUCGUUAGGUUAAUUAGGCACCCAGUCAAAACUGGUACCAACAGCAACAGGUUACCCAUUCCCCUGUAAUUACGCAUAUUCUCGGGUUUAUCCAGUUCCCUAUAGCUUUUUUUCCACGUUAUCUACUUACCCAAUCCCUUUCCCACACAUAUACGCAUUUCUACUACCGUAAAUUUAAUCCAGUAAAACAAAAAAUCAUAAUUCUACUUAAUAUUUAAAAUCAUUAUUGGUAACUGAAAAAAAAUGUGUUGCUAUUUUAUGAAAUGCUGUAAUUUACAGUAUAACUUGACAGGUGCGGAACUUAAGCCCUAAGGUCAUUCAGUUCACUAAUGACGCGUAAAAAAUAGAUGUCUAGUUCGUCAUUAGAAUAUUUGACAUGGGUGAUUAGCCAAUCAGGGCAACAUCGUGCAUGAUCAAAAGGUCUGUCGGCACAGAGGCAUACAAGGAGCAAUAAAAAUCGUCAGUACACAGUGUGACAGGAGCAUUUGGUGCAAAUUAGGAACAAUUUAAAUGGAUAAUGCACAGUAUUAGACAUAAGUAGUAAGAACCAGCAAUUGUGUGAAUAAAUUAUGCAAAUUAGAUUUUUGAGCAGCCAAUAAGAAUGUUUUGCCUGCAGUUAAUAUUAGGCUACGUUUACAAAGUAAAUAAAUACCACGCAGCAUCAUACGUUGACAGACAUGUUAACAAUUUACUUUUCUAAAUAGUUGCUUAUAUUUUUGAAAUGUGUACAUCAAUUAUAACAAAUGUUCACACCUUUUAAUUUGAAAGUCAGAAUCAAACUGCAAAAAUUUAAUUACAUGUACUAUUAAGAACACGUUUUAGUAGGAUUUUUAUUAUAUUGAUAAUUAUCGCCGUUCAAUAAUUAAAAGCCAAUUAUUCGUUGGUGCGUUUGUUUAUUUAAUUGCAUUAUUUGAUUGUGAAACUUUGUUCAAUAAUAACAUGUGUAUUUAUUAAAUCUGUGAAAUAUUGUUUAAUUACCUUUAGAUGAGACUUUAAUGAACAUAGCAUUGUUUGGAGUAACGGGCAUCACUGGCCUGAAGUGGUGCGACCGGUAGACGUUGAUUUUUUAUUUGUUUCUUUUUUUUUUUUUUUGGAUAUUGUUACGUAUUUUGAACCAUAAAAAAUCUCCUCUACACCUCCUGUGAAAAUUAAAUUGUCUGGUCAAUACUUUAUUAUAUUAAUAUUUCGCUACGAUUCAACUAGAUUUAUUGUGGGGAAAUGACAUCACGCGCACCUGUUUUUAUACGGCCAAUACAUAAACAUGGCCGCGCCUGCUGAUUUGUAGAAAUCGGUGAUUUAGCGAUUUAAAUUUUGUUAUCAUUCGUUUAAUAUUAUUAUUUGUCGGCAGAAAAUUUGCAGAUUUAUUAUUUAUAGUAUUCUUUUUCUGAAAUCAAGUUUUUAUUCUAACCUUGUCUUUCCCUUUAAGUAUCUUUUUUUGUUUGACAUGUGUUUUUUUUCUUGUGUUGCUGAAAUAUUCAAUGUUAAAUGAACUUUAAUUUCUAUAAUCUUGCUUAUUAUAUAGUUGUAUUACGUAUACAAAUACACUAUCAUCUUUCUAAUUGUUUUAAAUAGUUUGAUAACCACACACCAUGUAUUGGAAUACAAGUAUUGUAAAAAUAAUUGAAAGUGGAGAUCCCCCGAGAGUUAUAAGAACUAGAAUUAAUAGCUUAAAACUUGAGGAGUCAGAUUAAGUUUGUUCAUGAGAGAUUACGAUACAUGUAGCAUCUCUCUCCUCCCCAACACCGACUGAAACAUUAUUCAUUUCUCAAGACUAAAACCACUGGACUCAAUUAUUACUUCUACUGUAACGCUUUUAGGGGUGUGGACAGCUGUCCUCGACGACAAUAAAACGAAAAUAAAGAAGGUAAAAUUGCAGACUGGUUCUAAUGGAAUCUUUUCAUUAGUGAUGUUUUAAAGAACAUACUCUUUUAUGCUCAUCUAACAGCAGCUUUAGCAGUUUAAUUGUAUUCAAUUUUCCAAAUUACCUGUAAUACGGUAAAUAUGAUCCAUGUUAAGCCUUUUUAAAGAAACAAGUAUGACCUUAAAACGGUGACCCCAUUUAACUUAAUAACUCGUAUGUGGGUAUGGGUAUUUUCAUUGACAAGUUUUAAGAUAACAUAUUGGGAACAAAGUAACAAUUGUAUCUUAUAUUGCAUUAAUGAAAAGAAAGACUCCUAAAUUGCAGAUACUAAAAAAAGAAUAAUAUUGAUGAAUGAAUAGGCAAGUUCUACUUCGGGUAGUGUUUUGCAUGUAAACAGAAAAAAAUGUUUCUAGGAAUGACAUUUUAAGAAAUCGAAUACUUUUUUCAUAGCAUUUUUAUUCAACGUGCAUUAUAAAUCAAUUAACUGAGAGUACUUGCAGAAAUCGAACCCACAGGAGGAACGACUCAACAGGAAGGUAAUAAAAGAGCGACACUACAUUUUAAUAGAAGCAAUCAUGAGUAAAACAGAAAUCAACCCGUCGAUGACAAUCAAUGAUUCCAAAAGCAUAUUAUACAUAUUCCAUUGAUCUAGAUCUCGAAAUAAAAACUAUAUUAUGCAGUACAGUGUAAAAAAUUAUAAUGGGUUAAAUCAUCAAAUGUG